UCACCUCCUCUCCACCCCUUCUAUCUGUCGCUGCUGCCAGCCUCCAAAAAAAGAGCGUUAUAGCAGUGCUGGUAGAGACACGGUGAGGUACAACUCACGGUGGAUUUCCCUGACCAGGACCACUACUGAGCGACAGAGCCGACCAUGGAAGAACUUACGGCAUUCGUGUCGAAAUCUUUCGAUCAGAAAACCAAGGAGAGCAGCAAAGAGAGUAUCACGUACAGGGAAGUUUUGGAGAGCGGCUUGACAAGGGCGAGGGAGCUGGGCAGCCCGGAGACAAACCUGCAGGACAUUACGGAGGGCUGCCCGGCGCAUCUGUUCAAGGACCACGUCGAGCUGGAAAAGGACAAACUGAAGGACUUUAGCGUUUCGAGGUCGAGCGAGGGGAUAUACGAGUGUAAGGAGAAAAAGGAGGACGUGAAGUCGGAGGAUGAGGACGCACAGGGCAAGCUGAAGCAGCGGAGGAGUCGCACUAACUUCACCUUGGAGCAGCUCAACGAGCUGGAGCGGCUCUUCGACGAGACGCACUACCCGGACGCGUUCAUGCGGGAGGAGCUGAGCCAGCGGCUGGGUCUGUCCGAGGCCAGGGUGCAGGUCUGGUUUCAGAACAGAAGAGCAAAGUGUCGAAAACAAGAAAACCAGAUGCACAAAGGUAAAUACAUCUUUCCCUUCUCUCCAGGUGUGAUCCUGGGCAACAGUCACCUCGACGCCUGCAGAGUAGCACCCUACGUCAACAUGGGUGCCCUCCGGUUGCCCUUCCAACAGGUCCAAGCCCAGCUCCAGUUGGACGGCGUGGCUCACUCCCACCCCCACCUGCACCCUCACCUGGCUGCUCACGCUCCCUACUUGAUGUUCCCUCCUCCUCCGUUCGGACUACCAAUGGCAUCGCUCGCCGAAUCGGCCUCGGCAGCAGCGGCGGUGGCGGCAGCUGCCAAAAGCAACAGCAAGAACUCGAGCAUCGCCGACCUGCGACUCAAGGCAGGACUUCUGCGGGGCCAGUGGCUCAGUCCACUCCAGGCCCAGAUCACAUCCCAAGGACCGUACAAACACAUGUGGAUGUCUGUCUGAGGGCCAGGCCGGGGCCCGACAGACCAGAAGGCGUUAGAACAAAGCAAACGGGCAGGCAGCAGCAGGGCCCAAAGCGGAGCCGCGCUGACGCUGGCUGCCGACAUGUUGACAAUGCAGAGGGUUGAGCAUGGGGGGGAAAUAGACCCAAACACCACCUCACCGAGGCAUUGGAACGGCUUACACCUUUACACCCUCCCCUCACUAGAAAAAAUGAAGAAAAACAUUAAAAAAGGCCAUAUCUGUCUCCAGUCACUGUGUUCCCUGCUGCUGCCGAGUGCAUGAGCUCUAAUGGAGGACUGUUGUGGGACCGUCUCCAUCCACACUUGACAUAAACGCUCGACAACAGUUUUUAACACUGCCAUUCGACAUACCCACUCCCCCCCCACCCCCUCACCCCCAACACACACAAAUUGAAAGGUCUCCAUUGCGGACCUUUCACUUCUUAUGGACUUGUGCUAUAUCAAAAGCAAAAACUCAUCCUUCCUUUGCUGCGGAGGGGAGACGUGUUUUAUUCUGCGUUGCUGGGCGUGUGUCGGCGAGACUUGGUUUGCAUUUCUCCUCACAGCGUGCACUCUCUGUCUUUAUUUCUUCCCGUUUUUGUUGUGUUGUAUCCUGGGUAAAGCAGUGAAGAUAGCCUUUGCACUUCAGGUCUUGUAUGUGGGUGUUUACAAAUGGCACUACAAGCAGAUACUACUUUACUAAUUAAAAGGGGAAGGGGAUUUGAUAUUGUAAUGUGUUCGGCGGAAGGACACUAUCUUGGAUAAAGGGUAACCAUGCGUUCUUUUUUUCUUUUUUGUAAUUCUGAAAAUAUGAAGAAAGCAUCAGUCAAACUGGAAUGCAAUGGUGUGCAGUUUAAGUGCAAUACUGUAAAUAGCAAAAAAGUUCAAAACAGCUAGCAGUUAAUCCUUAACGAUAAGGAGACCCAAUGAUUUUUCUUUUGGAGUGUUGAAUUUCUUUACCAAACAACAGCUUUUCUACAGCAGUGUAUAUUUUAUUGAGUUUGAGAAGAAGUCACUCAUUACCAGGUGCCAUAUCCCAUCCUCUGUAUUCAAGCAGUUUAGUUUUGUAGACGCUGCAGAAACAUGGGUUUGGUUCUUUAUAAAUAAAAAGCCUACACCACAUUUGAGGAUAUUGUUCAUAAUAAACCAACAAAUCAGCAUUUAAUUCCAAAUAAAGCCGUUGUUUACACUAUGAUUAACUUCUGCAUGUUGUAUGGGACAUUUCAUCAUUCAUUUCCUAAUAAUUUAAACUGUAUCUUACCAAGUGUUCCAGGCAAAAGAGAACAUUUGAUUAUUUGGGUAUUGAAACAUUAUUUUGACGACUUUUUAGCACUGCUGUCAGAGCUGCGUUAAACAUAUUGAUCUGCUGAAGAUCUAUGUACCUCUAACAGUCUCCAAAAAACUAUUUUCUCUGCUAACAGACCUCCAUUUAGAAUCGUUUAUCUAUGUCUCCAUUUUAAAUUAAACAUAUGGGUGUUUUAUUUAUUAUUUUGUCUGAAAGAUUAUGAAAGAUGAAAUCGUUGAACUACAAGUGUACAUUUUUACAUGGCUUUGCAUUUAUUUUUGUAUGUUUUUUUUAAGUGUUGAUUUUGAAUUAAGAGGUGUGGCUGUAGUGCAUUGUUUGCCGAAAAAAAAUGUAGCGUGUCCGAGUUUACAAACAUUUCAGGGAUGAUUGAAUUGAACAAUACUCCAUGGAAUUUGUUGUACCCAUUAAAAAUGAUUAUCAUUUCACAUGCAAGCAUGCCUAAACAUGAAUCAUCGUACAGUUUGUUUUUCCCCUUUUGAUUCGCAAAAUAUGAAUGUACAUCUUGUACAAGUAAA